AUGCAACAGGUUAAAAAAAAAUUGCGACAGCAACCACACAAAUCUCUGAUCACGGAAAAUGUGAUCAGCAGUUGUCACUUGCCUCCACCACCAUUUCAGCUCACUUACUACUACUCAGAACAGCAGCCAGACAUCAUCCACACCGGCAGCCAAAAAGUGAUGGUGACUUUCACAUCAGAAGUUUGGUCUUGGCUUUCCAUUGAUCCUGAAAUAGAAGGCAAGUACCUGAAUGAGAAGGCCAACAAAAAUAAUAUGGAAAACGUUCAAAGAUUUUCUGUCAUGAGUGUUUCAAGCACUUGUACAAAUGGCCAGGAAGCUCAAAGUCAUGCAUGUUGGUGUCUAUUUUCAAAUGAUGUAACUGGAAAUGCAUCUUCUAACUUGUCUAGAGUCAUGGUGAGCCCAGGAAUCCUUGCACGUUCUGAAUGUCAAUCCUCAGAACCAUGCAACACACAGUCCCUGUGGAAAGUGUUCCUGGCUAGUCUAUUAGCCUCUGUGCUAACAACAGCAAUUGGGGUACUCACACUGAGCCUGGUGAAUAGAAACAAUUCCCCCAUUGUUAUCCAGUUACCCUCCAACACUGAAGCAUCUACAGUUACUCCUGGAACAACCUCUACUACUGCUCAAAACAUAGUCACCACUUCCACAGGGUCUACAACCACCACGACAUCCCCUGAAACAACAGCCACAACAACUUCUACUGAGCCAGCAAGGACAUCCACUUCAACCCAGCCAACAACCUCUGCAGCAUCCACUGAAACUAGUGCCACAACGGCCACGGCCAUAACUUCAUCUGGAUCCAUGAGUAUAGCUGCUUCAACCCAGACCACAACCUCUGGAGCACCCACUGAAAUGUCAGCCAAAACCAUGGAUUCAACCCAGCAUUUAACCACAUUAUCUACAGCUUCAAGUGAAACUAUAUCCACCACCAGUGUUACAGAAACCAACAUAUAACCCAGCACAGAAGAGGUCAUGCACACCACUGCUGCUCCAUCUGAAGUUCCUGACUCACAAUUGCAACAGUUGCUUGAACCAAGAUGCCACCACCUUAAUAAGCCCUCUAAUAGCGGAAGCUUCAAUAGCGCUAGAUGUUACUACAAGUAGACACAGCUGACAAUCAAAACUAUCAUGGCUUUCUCCAUCAUUUCAAUGGAACCUUUGUUCAACUGAAUUGACAACUACUACUAUAGUACUUCCGUUUAACCUGCAAUGGUAACUUCUGCUUAUCCUAUAAUAACAGUACUCUUUACUCUCCUUCACUAAGUUAUAAUCUCCAUCUAGUCAUGGGAGCCUGCAAC